AUGUCGAGUCUCACUGUUGAUCAAGAAUUCAUUGAAGCCCUUGCACCCAUCCUUCAGGGUAGACAAAAUGUGCCCAAGCCCAAGGUACAUGAUGUAGAGGGCAGGAGGGCUCUUUUUGCCUCUUUCAAAGCACCACCUCCUACGAUCCCGUCGGAUGUGACGUUCAAGAUCCUCGAAAUUCCGCGAACCGAUGGCACGCACAUCAGUGUGUAUCAUUUGCGACAGACCCAGCUUGACACGUCGGGUCCACGCUCAUCCGCGGUUGUUCACAUGCACGGAGGAGGCUUUAUUGCACUUAGCCCUGACAUCAACGUCGAACGCCUCUCGCGGACCGUACAGGACACGGGCGUCCAGGCCUUCUCCGUUGACUACAGGCUCGCCCCCGAGCAUCCGUAUCCUGCCGCCCUGGAUGACUGCUGGGCCACGCUCGAAUGGCUUCGCUCUAAUGCCCAGAGCCUAUACGUGGAUCCGGCCCGGAUCGCCGUCAUGGGAGAAAGUGCUGGAGGGGGGCUUGCAGCGGCCUUGACGAUCCGGGCUCGGGAUACAGGGCUGAAGCCGCCUAUCGCCCGCCAGAUUCUUUGCUCGCCCAUGCUUGAUGACAGAACAACCGGAGAAGCUCCCGGCGAUUUCAAGCUCUGGGAUGCUGCCGACAACGUGACUGGCUGGACAGCAUUCCUGGGGAAGCCGCCCGGUGGUGACGGAGUCUCGGUGCUAGCAGCCCCAGGACGUUUGACAGAUGCCUCCGGACUCCCAAAACUCUAUCUCGACACGAGCCAGUUCGACCUCUUCAUCAAGGAAAACCUUUCCUAUGUUCAGAAUGCCGCAACUGUCGCCUUCGUAAGGUGUGUUGAGCUUCGACGGGGUAUUCAAUUGAACACCGCUGAUGUCAUCUCCAGCUUGCCAGACGAUAUCUGGAACGACCGCCCGCUCAAGAACCGAAUCACGCCCACCGAAUCCAGAUCAGAUUCUGCAGAUGAGAUCAGGGACCUUAGACAAACGGUGGACCGCCUUGAGCAAACGGUUAAGGAUCUAACGCAGGUCAGCCGAACAGAUUGCUGCAGCGCCAUACAAGAACAGCAAUACACAUACAGCCCUACGGCCAUUGACCUAGCUUCACUUGAGGGCGAUUCCUCCUUCAGAAGGCAGGCUCUGCUUGCUGUUGAGAUUACCCAGGUUGCAACUCUUGCCGGCGCCCAGUCGCCCUGUAUCGUUGAUGCCUUAUCCAACUUACAUCAACGGCUUGAAAGUUGUUCUCCACGUGAGGAGGAAUCACCCCCUGGUUUGAACCAUCAGCAGGGCGUCGCAGCAUUGCGUACCAGAUUGCCACCUGCAGAUUUUGUGAUUAACCUGCUACGGGCUGUCAAAGGAUUGGCACCGGAGGACAUUUCUACUUCUUUACAAUCCUGCGAGACGAACUUUCAAGUGGGUCUGGAAUCUUCGGAAGUUCAUACGAGUCCUACCUACGAGCACUGCCUCUUGCUCAGCAUGGCUGCUCUGAAGGCGCAAAGGAACGGUGAUGUGGCCCUUCAGUGGAAUUGGGCUACUGCUGCUGCGAGGCACUGUCUGGCACUCGGGUACAAUCGCGAGCACGUCAUUGCGGCAAUGGAUCCGAUCGACUCUUCUCGGGCUCGCCGGCUUUUCUGGCAUGUUUACCAUUCGGACCGGAGCCUAGUCUUAUGUCUCGGACGUGCCUCGAUUAUACAAGACUUUGAUGUGAGCGUCGAGCCAUACGCCAAGUCUCCAGACCCGGGGCGGCGUGCAUGGGACUCUGCACUCUUCAUGUUCAUCGACUUCGCCAGGAUACAAUCGCAAAUCUACCGGGAUCUCUACUCGCCAGCAGCCAUCCAAUCUGACAGUUCACCUCGCCAUUCCCUGGUGGACAUAUUGGCCCAGAAGCUGACGGAAUGGCGACGCUCGUGGUGCGAGCUCGACAGGGCCGAGAUCGACCGGAGAGAUCUCUUUGACCUGACUUUCGGUCUUGUCGACGUAUCCUACUACUCAACUCUCACACUACUAUACCGGGCAGUUGACUUGACCAAGUCUGCCGCGGCGAUUGUUGAGCCGUGUUUUGAGAACGCGCGGAAGAGUCUCGAGGCCCACGUCGCAAUGCACGAACGAUAUCGGCAAAUGGACUCACAGGCUCUAGCCUACUUCUCUGUUUGGGUGCACAUCUACUCCUCGUUUACGCCUUUUGCUGUGACCUUCCUCCAUUGCGUCCUUCAUUCAGACAUGGCCGAUCUGCACUUACUCAAGUCAUCCCUGGACAUCUUGAGGGACACGAGCAGCUUGGCUACGACUUGCCAGCGAGUAUACGAUCACUGCAAACAUCUUUACAGUGCGGCGGAGGCCUGUAUAUCAACGUGCAUAUCCAAUGAUGGAAAUGCAUACUUGGAAGAUCCUGUCACGCUCGGUCCUACCAAUCUGAUGGAGGAGAACUGGUUCUUUCUGGGAUCGAAUUUGCAAGAUCCGUCCUUGUCAUUCUAUUCGAAGGAUUAG